AUGUGUAGGUUCCAGGUUCCCCCACCUACUUGGGACCUCGUGUAUGCUCCCAUGCUGCUGGGCCUACUGGUGCUGCUGGUGGCAGUGCUGCUGUCCACCAUGAUUGCGGUGUUGGCUUGGAAAAGACGAAAUAUAGAGGAGGAUGUGAAGGAGAUUCAGCUGUGCACGGCCAUCUUGGAGAGAGCUGAGCGGUCCAAGAGUGAGGCGGUGGCCAGCACGUCGCAUGAGCUGCGCACCCCAAUCAUUGGCAUGAUGGGCAUGAUAGAGGAAUUGUUGGAGUCGCCAUUGGAGGAGUGGCAGCGGGCCGACCUGGUAGAUGCAAGGGCGUGUGCGGGCGAGACGGUGGAGCUCAUCAACCGAGUGUUGGACCUCGCCAAGCUGCAGGCCGGCAGGCUGCAGCUCGAGACUCUCCCCUGCUGCCUGCGCCGCAUCUUUCGUGAGGCGACUACAUUUGCGCCAGGGAAGAACUUACCAGUGACUGUCCAUGUGGAUGACGGCGUUCCAGAAACGCUACUCGGCGAUCCAACUCGAAUCUUGCAAGUCAUGGCUGAACUUGUCGCAAGUGCCAUGAACAACACGGCAACAGGCCACAUAACCAUCCGUGUUUCGUGCAUUCCCCCUCCACACGUCGCCAGCACGCCACCUCCACCUGCUGCUGUCCCAGGCGCCACACAAGCCUCCUCUCAGCCGCCCCCACCAGCCUCAGCGUGGCAUCAGCUGGCCGGCUGUGUGCAGCGCUUCCCUCCUCACACUCGCCUGCUCUGCCUCCCCCAGCACUGCCCGGCCAGCCAAGGGGGGCCUGUGGGCAACAAGGAUGGGCAGCCGUGUGGGCAGGUGCACAGCAGAGACAGUGUAGGCAGUGCAGAUGACAGGCAAGGGGGGGGUGGGCAGUUGGAGGAGGAGGUGAGGGAGUGGGUGGAGGGGGCGUGUGCUGUGAGGGAGGAGGGCGAGUGGAUGGUGGUGGUGGCAUGUGAAGACACGGGCAGUGGUAUACCACCUGAGGAGCUGUGGGGGUUGCUGGACCCACAUGGCAUGCAUGGCGGCGGGCAACAUAAAGUCAUGGAGAGAAUUCGGUCGCUGGGGAGGGCGGAGUCAUGGAAGAGCCUAGGGAGUUUUGAGUCGACUCAAAAUUCAUUCGCUUGCAAAUUCCUGGUUUUGAUUUGGCAGGAGAGAAUACGGUCGCUGGGGAGGGCAGAGUCAUGGAAGGGCCUGGGGAGGGCAGAGUCAUGGAAGGGCCUGGUGAAGUCGUCAUCGUGGCGGCAGAGGGAGCGCAGCACGUGGGAUCCGAUGCAGCGCGAUCGCAAGGCAGCUGCUGGCCCCCGCUGGACGCCCUACCCUGUUCGCUUUCUGCUCUCCACCUCCCUUGUGAGCUUCCUGCUCUCCACCUCCCUUGUGAGCUUCCUGCUCUCCACCUCCCUUGAGCUUCCUGCUCUCCACCUCCCUUGUGAGCUUCCUGCUCUCCACCUCCCUUGUGAGCUUCCUGCUCUCCACCUCCCUUGUGAGCUUCCUGCUCUCCACCUCCCUUGUGAGCUUCCUGCUCUCCACCUCCCUUGUGAGCUUCCUGCUCUCCACCUCCCUUGUGAGCUUCCUGCUCUCCACCUCCCUUGUGAGCUUCCUGCUCUCCACCUCCCUUGUGAGCUUCCUGCUCUCCACCUCCCUUGUGAGCUUCCUGUUCUCCACCUCCCUUGUGAGCUUCCUGCUCUCCACCUCCCUUGUGAGCUUCCUGUUCUCCACCUCCCUUGUGAUAGAAUUCAAGAGUAG